AGCCACCCAAGACGGAACCUCCCAUAUCAUAGCACAACAUCUUCGUAUUAGCUACAGCCAACGUUUUUUGUUUUUUUUUAAUGGUCUGAAGGGGGAAUCAAAACUUCUAGUUCUGCAAUUUUCCCUAUCUCUCUCUCUCCUGCCACCAGUUCUGCUGACACAUGCUUUCCUGUCAUGUGAGGAAUUUUUUGCGGGGUUUAUCGUGUCGCUCACUUUUAAGUGUUGGUCCUUCGGACAGAACUGAAGACCACGGCUCUGCACCAAGCAGGCUGUAAAUACAGUCCUGGGGACGUCAGUGUAUGUUGGUUCUCAAACCGACCACAAUCACAACCACUGGAUUGUAACGAGCAAGAUCUGGUUUAAUUAUAGGUCAGCUGUUGAAAGGGGAAGGUGCUGCGUCAUGUUUGAGUCACGUCAGUAGCACGAGGUGUGGGGUGGGGGGCAGGGAGAACGUGCGCUCACCGCUGUGAAGGGAAGUUACCCCCAAAACACAACUGAUGAUCAGCAGAGGUGUCUGGCACCAAACAUCAAAGACUCAGGCCAAUAACCUCUCCGCGGGUUACUGUAAUAGUAAUCUCACAGAGCUCAUUAUGUAAUAAAUGUAAUUUUAUAGUGCACAAUAAACCACCAUGAGGGGAGAAUCAAAAACAAUACAUAUUGACAUUCAGAUCGUGUGCCAAAUAUUUAAAAAUGAAUUAAAAUGCCCCUCUUUUAAACGCAUUAUAGUCCAGAAUUUCAGUAGAUUCCUGAAAGAAAUCUGGACUGUUUAAAGGCGAGAGUUUAAAGACCCUGUGCAAUGACUUGUUUCUUGUAGCCUAUUUGAAAAGGGUGAUUAUGAGAUGAAGAACAUUAUUGUAACCUACUUUAUAAACAGGAUAAUAAUUAUGUGUGGUUUUGAAAAAAGCGCCAUGGCAAAUGUAUAAUGAUCUUUAUUUGGCACAGUUUUUUUUCGCUUCCCGGAGAACUUAGGCCAUGGCGUUAUCGAGUUGCUCCUCUUCGGGUAACAAGACCUUAUUCUAAGCAGGGAGCACGCGCUGUAAAAGCUGCCACCCGCACUAAACCGCGAGUCGUCAAAUUUAGAUAACUUGUCAGGGGAGGAGUGUGAGCGCGGCUCGUGCUGGGCAGAGGCGGAAAAAAAAAUAUGAAAAAUUUCCACUGCACCUUUCAGCUCUACUCGUAACCUUAUCAGCGAAACGCAGAAUUCAUAAACUGGUGAAAAGGAAUAUUCCUUCACGCAUCGCUGCGGUUUGCACUUUAGCCUUUAGUCUCACUGAGCGAUCACACGAUUGCGCCGACACGUUGGUGACGUUGGCUCGGGUUCAAAGUGGUCCAAAGUAAUUAACCGGGUCGUAUACUUAGCAAAGGUGGGGUCUUCAGGCCGUUUUGCAGUAACACCCGCGUGUGGGCUCGUUGUUAUGCCCAGUUCACGUGGUACCCUUCGCUGCGUUUUCAGUUCGAGCCCCUUGUCGUUUGCCCUGUUUUUAAGACCGCUGCGAAUGAGCUGGAAUCCAUUCCGUGUAAAACAGACGCCUUUUCCCCAGAUGUAUAAUGCAGAUAGCAGACAGCGCCCUGAAUAAGUAUUUGCCCCCUUCCCGAUGUCCUCUGUUAUUGCAUAUUUGUCACACUGAAUGUUUUCAGAUCUUUAAACAAAAUUAGUUGUAUGAGAUAAAUGGUACCUGAGUAAACACAAAACACGUUUUUAAAUAAUUAUUUUCAUUUAUUUAAUGAACAAAGUUAUCAUUAAUUGUUCAUUAAAUAAACAAAAUAGGCAUUUCAAAAAUGUUUUGUGUUUCCUCAGUUUUCCCCUAUCUAAUAUCACAUUUUGUUUAAAGAUCUGAAACCAUUCAAAUAUACAGUAAUAGAGGAAAUCAGGAAGGGGGUAAAUACUUUUUAACAACACAGUAUAUUAGCAGAGUGCCCUAAAGGGGUCUUCUGUUUUUGAGUCUUUGAGUGGUGCACGUUGUCUAACGCCUGGGCAAAUCACAACAAACUCCGCUCGCAGAACUGGACCCGAUGCUGUUAUAUAACAGAAACAAAAACACUCGGGAAGUAUCGGCUGUCUUCCGAGAGCAGUUUGCGAUUGCACGGAAAAGACAAGCACGGGCCACACGUCCUUUGAGAUCCGAACCAUCAAUAAUCUAAAACAAACACUUACAUGCAGGCGUGAGUCAGAAGAGUUCACACUGCCAGGAGGAGGGAGAUGGAUGAAGUCCUGACACUACACUCAGAAAAGAAAAAAACUAUGAAAAAGUGCCUAUUCAGGUACAAAUGCUUAUCACUGGGGGUGGCAAUCUAUAAGUCCAUAAAAUCGUACCCCUAGCCAUCAAUGCAUAAUUAAUUUGCACCUUUAUUGCUUGUACAAAGUACUUAUCAGGACCAAAAUAGAAUAUUAUCUUAUUUUCCGGGAACAUUUGCCAAAUUUGUUCCCGAAAGAACAAAAAUAUACAUCCAAUGUACCUUUAUUUUUGAGCAUUUAUAUUUUAGUUAUUGCUGUAGCUUCUAGCUCGUUUUUUUUUAUUCCCCGUGUCAAACUGUUGCCCAAACACCAAGCGAAACUCCAUUAGCCUAUCCCAAAAAAGAAGUCUUUGGAAGACCAUAAUCUUCACUCCUUUCUUUCUUGUUUCCAGAAAACAAACAGCCCGCUUUGGCAUUAGGUCAAGGUGAAGCUCUGGGAUUUAAUACAGCAGGUCUUUGAAAGAAAAACAUUCGGAAAGCCGCUGUAAUCGCUUGGUGAAGGUUUUAUCAAUCACUCAAGGACAGCAGGCCGUAUGGCCCAGCGAGUAAUCUGAGUAACGCAGUGGUCUUCCUCACGUCCCUGAAGUGUAUCAUUAUGGACCUUUGAGUACAUUUCUGAUUGCGAUUUUGCCAGCAUGAUUGUCAGGAAGUUUGAUUUCAUUGGGUGCCCCCUGACUGUGUAAAAACCUGACUUGCAGUGCCCUGUUCUUCCCUGUGGAGUCUACCUAUUCAAAGCUACAGAUUUGUCCCAAAUUUGGUAUUGUCCCAUAUAUUAAUUAUCACUCAUAUUGUGUGGUUUGUGGGGGGAUCUUGAAUAUUCAGACUACAGAAUACCGUACUCUCGGACUACACACGCAUGCCCAGGCUAUGCUUUAGAAGAGUCCUGUUUGCACCUGCAUCUUAGAUUGUGACAAAUGUCGGAGACAUCCAACUUCCCCCUGGACUGCCUGGACUGUUCGUUUACCUGGGGGGGGGGGGGGGGCUGGGGGUGUGUGAAUGUGUGUAUGCGUGUGUGUGCGUGUAUGUGGUUGCGUUUAUAUGUGGGUGUAUUUGUGUUUCUUUGUGGAUGUAUGUGUUUGUGUGCGUGCGUGUAUGUAUGUACGUAUGUGCUUUUGUGUAUGUGUGUGUGUGUUUGUGUGCAUGUGAACUUUUAUGUGAAAUGAAUUAAGCAUAAAAUCAAAUUGUAAUUUGAGAUGUAAAAAAUCUGUCCACUCUACUGUCUCCCUCUCUUUCUCUCUAUCACCCACCCCCUUUCGUGGGUUAAUAUUUAACUCUCACCCUCUGAUAUACAUAUAUACUCUGAUGCUGUGGAUUGAUCUUGCUCACUCUUAGCAUCCCUGUAUUUUUUCCUGCUCGCAUUUCUCUCCAGUUUCUCUCUCUCCAUUUCUUAGCAUUAUUCUGGGACUCCCGCUGUGUCUGGGCGAGCGACAUCAUGGCUGAGUUUAGAGAAUGGCUCUGGGCCCACAGGAACUAUUUCCUUAUCGUCCUGAUACCCCUACUGGCCCUUCCACUACCACUGGUCAUCAACACAUCGGAAGCGAAGGGGGGCUAUGCCAUCAUCCUGAUGGCGCUGUACUGGUGCACAGAGUGCAUCCCCCCCCCGGCCGCUGCCCAUCUUACUGCACUUACUGACCCCAUACUCCCCCCCCCCCAGGUGUGCAUGCAUUACCUGAAGGACAUCAACAUGCUGUUUGUGGGGGGUCUGCUGGUGGCCGUUGCCGUGGAGAGCUGUAACCUGCACAAGCGCAUCGCCCUCAGGGUGCUGCUCCUCGUGGGCGUCCGGCCAGCCCUGUUGCUGAUCGGGUUCAUGAGCGUGACGGCCUUCCUCUCCAUGUGGAUCAGCAACACGGCGACCACCUCCAUGAUGCUGCCCAUCGCGCACGCCGUGGUGAAGCAGCUGAGCGACACCGAGGAGCAGGCCGACGCCCGCGAACUGGGCCAGGCCGGCCGCGACAACCAGGCCCUCGAGCUGAGCGAGCUCAGAGAAGGCAAGCAGGCCAAGGCAGCCCAGGGCAAGGUUGAGACGUGCUCUGUGGAGGAUGGAGAGAGCGAGGCUGAGCGGCGGAGGAAGGCCAGGGAGGAGAAGUACAAGAGCCUGUCCAAAGGCCUCAGCCUGUGCGUGUGCUACUCCGCCAGCAUAGGGGGAACGGCCACCCUCACCGGCACCACGCCAAACCUCAUCCUCAAAGGCCAGCUGGACUCCCUGUUCCCGGGAAACAAAGACGUGAUAAACUUCGCCAGCUGGUUCGCCUUCGCCUUUCCCAACAUGCUGAUGAUGCUGGUCUGUGCCUGGCUCUGGCUGCAGUGCAUGUACCUGGGGUUCAACCUGAGGAAGUCGCUUGGCUGUGGCCUGCAGAACGCCAGAGACCACGAGGCCUACCAGGUGAUGCGGAACGAGUACAGGAAGCUGGGCGCCAUGACGUACGCCGAGGCCAACGUCCUCGCCCUCUUCAGCCUGCUGGUGGCGCUGUGGUUCACCAGGGAGCCCGGCUUCAUGCCCGGCUGGGCUAGCCUGCUCUUCAACAAGGGAAACCAAACGUAUGUGACGGACAGCACGGUCGCCAUCCUCGUUGCCCUGCUGCUCUUCGCCCUGCCCUCCCAGAUCAUCAGGUCGCCAUUGGAGAGCCGCAAGGAAGGUGGGAAGGUGAAGGCCCCCCCAGGGUUGCUCACCUGGCAGGUGGUGCAUGAGCGCAUGCCCUGGAACAUCAUCCUGCUCCUGGGGGGCGGCUUCGCCCUCGCACAUGGCAGCGAGAAGUCGAGUCUCUCGCUGUGGCUGGGGAACAGCCUGACCCCGCUGCAGAACAUCCCUCCGUUCGGCAUCUCCGUGCUGCUCUGCCUGCUGGUGGCCACCUUCACAGAGUGCUCCAGCAACGUGGCCACCACCACCCUCUUCCUGCCCAUCCUCGCCUCCAUGGCCAUUUCCAUUAAGAUCCACCCUCUCUACGUCAUGCUCCCCUGCACCAUCUCCGCCUCCCUGGCCUUCAUGCUCCCGGUUGCCACGGCGCCCAACGCCAUCGCCUUCUCCUACGGAAACCUCAAGGUCAUCGACAUGGCAAAAGCAGGCUUCAUGCUCAACAUCAUCGGCGUCUUCACCAUCAACCUGGCCCUCAACACCUGGGGAGCAGCCAUGUUCGGCCUCAACGAGUUCCCGUCCUGGGCCAACGCCACCAUGACUGGGCCCUGAGGGGGGGGGGGAACCCCGCCCUCUUCACCAUGGAAACCUGACGGAGAGGAAGAGGAGGAUGAGGAAGAGAGGAAGAGGGAAACGGAAGGGAGAAAGGGAGGAAGGGAGAGAGGAGGAGAGGAAGGGACAGAAAGGAAGGAGAGGAGGUGAAGGAGGGAGACAAAAUGAGGAGAGGGGGAGAGAGGGAAAGGCAGAGAGAGAAAUAAAGUCCCAGCGUGAGAGAGACUGAAAGUGAGAGAAAGUGUGUGUGCGUGUGCAUGAGUGUGUGAUAGAGAAAAUGAGAGGAAGAAAGAAAGCAUCCCCACCCACAUCGUGACCCUCUCCCCUCUUCACCAUACUUCGCCCUUAGUAUUUAUUUUAUUCUGUAUUUAUUUAUAAUCUUGAUUAUUUUUUUCAGCUGGAUGAUACAAUGUGCUUCCCUCUGCAUGUUCUUAGGGAACCAAUAGACUGUAGGCUCUGGUCCCAGGUGGGACACAGAUUACCGCUACACAAGCAGAAGGCUUCAGUUACUGCUUCAGCAAAAACAUCCAGCACCGCUCAUGGGUUGUGUGCAAAAACUAAAAAUAAAAAUGUAUGUUCCGUUACUCCCUCUGGAUGAGCUUCUGCCAAAAGGCUAACCCAACCCUCAAUCAGAGGAUUCUGAUGGGCAGAGCACUGACCACUGCCUGGCCUGCUCCAUCAGAUAACAGUGUGCUGUGGAGAAGAUAGAGCACUUCCAGGCCUAUCUGGGCCAUGCGCGAUAUGCCAUUGGUUUUCAGCCAUCUUUGUCAGGGUUGAGUAAAUAAAACGUACACAGGGCGCUCUGCCAGAUCUUCAGACCCAAAAGUCUUAUAAAUUUGGUGAUCCUUAGAUCACCAAAUAUGUUUGAGAAUGUUUGAAAAUGUGAAAACUUUGCCCUCAACGUUUGAGACAUGCACUUUAAUGCAUAUGCAAUUUAUAUUGUUUAUAUUGUCUGUUUUUUUAGGUUGUUAUUUUUAAUGUUGGUUUACUACCAGCAAAAAAAAAAAAAAAAGAACUCCUCUAACACAUUCUGGUUUCUUAUGUCCGACUACUGUAAGAUCAAAAUGCCCAGAAUUUCACACUCUUUGUGAUGUUCUGGAAGGAAAAAAGCUUUAUCACAGUAUACAAACAGUCAUGUUUGUGCUCACCAUGAAACUAAUGUAAUGAAAAUAAUGUUUUUUUUUAUUUUACAUUUAUAUUCAAAUGUGUUUUUGCAUUGUUUCUACUGUAUUAAAUGCUCACUUUGAAGAUA